AUGGGAGAGGAGAACUUUGAGCAUAUCAGACAAUUUCUGUACAGCUUGACACAAGCACUGCACCAGGUUGGAGGGGACAAGUUUAAAUUUGCCCUUGUGCAGUACAGUAACAGGCCUGAAACUGAGUUCCAGCUCAACAGCUACCCAACAACACAGGGAGUCCUGGCACACAUCAAGGCUAUGUCUUACCGUGGUGGUGGCACCCGAACUGGCCUGGGCCUGGAUUUCCUGAUUCGUACACACUUGACCACUGCUUCGGGCAGCCGUGCUGUUGAAGGAGUGGCCCAGGUGGUGGUGGUGCUAACAGACGGGCGCUCCCAGGAUGAUGUGGCCAAGCCAGCUCAGGUGCUGUGGCUGGCUGGCGUGGAGGUGUUUGCAGUUGGAGUUCAGGAUGCAGUGGACUCGGAGCUCAGGGAGAUGGCUAGCCAGCCCCAUGACACUCAUGUUUUCAAUGUAGACUCUUUCCUGAACUUGCGGGAUAUAAUCCAAGAUUUAGUAGUGGGGCUUUGCAGAGCAGUGACCCAGUCAGGGGGGGCUCCAGUGGCAAACGAGGCCCCUGUGGCUGGAGGAGGGACAGCGCAAGAUUCAGCUGACCUAGUACUCUUAAUUGAUGGAUCACAGAACGUUGGAGCAACAAACUUCCCCUUUGUGCGUGAUUUGGUUUUGAGAAUGAUUGAGCGCCUUGAUGUGGGCAGGGACACUGUUCGGGUGGCCUUGGCCCUGUACAACGCCAACCCAGAGAUAAAGUUCUAUCUAAAUAGCUAUGACAGCAAAUCAUCAGUCCUGGAAGCUGUGAAGGGCCUCGCCUACUCAGGGGGCGACGAAUCUAACCUGGGGGCUGCCUUGGAGGAAGUGGCCGAGAGCCUUUUGAGCCAAACAGCUGGGGGCAGGGCAGACGAGGGUGUGCCCCAGAUGUUGGUGGUUAUCAGUGCUGCGCCAUCCACUGAUGAUACUGGUGCUGGUGACCGGGCCCUUAAGAGGGCUGGCGUUAUCACAUUUGGCCUGGCGAUUGCUGACACUGCCACUGCAGAUCUGGAAGCAGUUGCUACAGAUAAUAGUUUUGUCCUGUCAGCCCCUGAUUUCAGAGCAGUGGCAAGCAUGGGUGACCAGCUUCUCCCAUACAUUAACGGGGUGGUCCAGCGCACCAUUAUAGUUCAGAAUGAGUUCACAGAAGUCUCAGUAGUCGGAAAACGAGACAUCAUUUUCCUUGUCGACAGUACAAUGGGUUCACUGGUCAUCAACUCCGUGCGCGAAUUCAUCAGGAAGUUUGUCGAAAGGAUGCCAAUUGGUCCAGAUGAAGUUCAAGUGGGUGUGGCCCAGUUCAGCAAUAUCCCUCGACUUGAGAUGGAUCUCAACUCCCAUGGAUCCAGGGAGGCAGUAAUUGCUUCUUUGGGCGGUUUCAAACCAAGACCUGGACAGGCAAUCAACAUUGGAGCAGCCUUGGACUUUGUCCGGACGAAUAUGCUGCGACCAGAGAAGGGCAGUCGUAUUGAACAGGGGGUACCCCAGCUUUUACUGCUGAUGACCAGUAAAAAGUCCAGUGACAGUGUCGAAGAACCUGCUAAGGCCCUUCAGCGAAUGGGCGUAUUGACUCUAGCUGCAGGCUCCAGGGCUGCUGAUGAGCAGGAGCUGAAACAGAUUGCCUUUGCUGACAGUGUUGUGUUCAUGAUGAGGGACUUCCGUGGACUGGCCCGCAGCUCAAGGGAAAUUAGUGAUGCGCUCUCAACUCUAGCUGGGGUGGUGGUGAUGACCGAACAACCGACUGAGCCAGUGGUCGAGAUAACCACAGUGCAGACUCAAAAAGUGGUCCGAGACAUUGUCUUCCUUGUGGAUGGUUCAAACUACAUUGGCAGCAGUAAUUUACCAUAUGUGAGAGACUUCAUUAUCAACGUGGUCAACCAGUUGGAUGUGCGUCCUGACAGGGUCCAGAUUGGUCUCCUUCAGUUUGCUGACCAUCCAAAAAUUGAAUUCUAUCUGAACAGCUACCGCAGCAGGCAAGAUGUUGUGAAUGCAAUCUCUCAACUCAGGCUGACUGGAGGCUCAGUUUUGAAUACAGGAGCUGCCAUGAAUUAUGCCCUUGCCAACAUGUUCCAGCCAUCAGCUGGGUCACGCAGGAGGCAGGGAGUCCAGCAGGUGUUGGUUCUGAUCACAGGUGGCCCAGCCCAGGAUGAGGUUAAAAGUGUAGCUGAUAAAAUGGCUCUGGCUGGUGUUUUGACCUUCACAGUCAGUUCUGGACAAGCAGAUGACAACCUACUGAAAACAGUUGCCUUUGUUCCAGAUUUGGCUUACCAUGAAACAAGCUUCUCUAAUUUACCAGCUAUGGCUGAACUAAUAAUGCCAAAGUUGAUAACAGUGGUUGGCCAUACAGAUGUGACAUUCCCUGAUGAAUCUGUUGUCGUCCCUGGAGCUGAAAGGGAUGUUGCCUUCCUCAUUGAUGGCACAGAAAAUGUUCGAGCAGAUUUUGCCUACAUCCAGGAUUUUAUCAUUAAAGUAAUUGAACCACUUGACAUUGGGAUUGACAGGGUACGAAUUUCAGUGGUUCAACACAGCGAGAGGCCAACUCCAAGUUUCUACCUUAACACUUAUCAAACCAAAGAUGAAGUGAUAAGAGCUGUCAACACAAUGACACCGGCUGGUGGACGUAGUCUAAACACAGGAUCUGCUCUAAGAUUCAUGAAGGACACCAUCUUGUCUGAAAGGCAUGGUAGUCGGGCUGCGCAAAAUGUCCCUCAGUUUCUGAUUGUUUUGACUGGAGGCAGGUCCAGGGAUAAUGUGAAGGAGCCUGCUGGUGCGCUGAAGACAGAGGGAGUCGUACCGUUUGGUGUUGGUGUCAAGGAUGCAGACCCAAAGCAGAUUGAAGCCAUUUCACACAACCCUUCAUUUGCCUACAAUGUGAAGGAAUUCAGUGAGCUUAGUACCAUACCACAAAGGCUCAAUAACUAUGUGACUCUUACAAAGGAAGAUCUGGCCGUAGUCCUACAGCAAGUGGAGAGACAGCUACCAGGAAGGGAUGUUGUGUUCUUGUUGGAUGGAUCUGAUGGUACUAGAACUGGAUUCCCAGCUAUGCGAGACUUUGUCCAAAGAGUAGUAGAGACACUCAGCGUGGAUGACAACAAAGACCGUGUCUCAGUGGUUCAGUACAGCAGAGAUCCAACUGUCCAGUUCUAUCUGAACACAUACGCGACAAAAAGGCGAGAUCCUUGACACUAUCAGAGGUUUGAGGCACAAAGGCGGA